AUGGAAUCUGUGGCCAUCUUAGUAAGAUGCCUCAGAUGGGACGGGGGACUUAGUCAAAGGAGCCUAGGGGUUGACGGUGGACUUACAAUAGAGCUGAGAGUGAACGUUUACUUUGAGGAUUCCGAGAGCAGCGUCUUUGCAAGCCAUCGGUGCCUGGUUAUUCCUGACGGCUUCGGCAGAUACGUGGUCUUCCAGGGGACAAAACACAUCGAGAGACCAAUACCAUUUGAAAACCUGACCUGUGCAAACUCUGAAUGUGGUCCGGGAGAGUUCAAGUGUCCGAACAGCUACUGUAUACUUAGCAGCAACGUCUGUGACAGCAAGCAAGACUGCCCUUACGGCGAGGAUGAACAGGAUUGUGAUGACCUCUCGUGCCCGUCCUUCUUCCGGUGCAGAAACUCCACACGCUGCCUCCAUCUUGCAAAAGUAUGCGACGGAGUUGUGGACUGCCCCCUAGCGGACGACGAGAGACGAUGUGGGGAUCGAUGUGAAGGGCGAACUGGCUGUGCGGAAGGGAUAGUCUCUGUGACCCCCGAGCUUGACCUGUACAUGGGGACUAUUGUCUUUUACAGCACCACAAGACUGGAUCUCAGCGGACACAACCUAAACUCAGCAAACUUUCACAUUGCUGACCCUCUGGACGUAGGACACUUGAAUGUAUCAAACUGUUCGAUUAAAAGAUUAAACCGUGAAGGUAACAUAAGAUAUCUCCUUAAUCUAAAAGAACUUGACUUGAGCUACAAUAAGCACUGGUCCAUACGACGGGCUCAAUUCUGGAGGUAUCAAAAUCUCCAAAUCCUCAACUUGUCACAUAACAGAAGGCUAUCAAAAGUAUGGCCCAAAACAUUUCUGGAAAAUUCCAAACUGAAGAUUUUGAAUCUUGCAAACUGUGCCUUAAAAUCUCUUUAUGUUAACAUGUUCUCUGGACUGACAUCCCUGGUGCACUUGGACCUGUCUUACAAUAGGAUAGACUUCAUUGAAGAGGGGUCCUUCGAAGGAGUUCCCGGUCUUAAGGAAUUGUUGCUCAAAGGAAACCCAAUAAGUCGAUUUUCUGCUGGAAUAUUUGAUGGACUUGUAUCUUUGGAACUUCUCACAAGUGAUAAUUUCGUCUUGUGUUGCGAUGAGGUGAAGCCGAAAUCCUUGUCCGGGACUGGGUGCCAUGCCCCCCAGAAUUCUCUCUCCUCAUGCAAAGACCUAAUGCAGAAAGAUCUCCUCCGAAUUUUUAUUUGGGUCCAAGGCUUCAUGGCUCUGGUUGGAAACGCCCUCGUGUUCUUGUACCGCACCAUCUACAACCGGGCCCCACUCCGACAUCCGUACGGACAGUUCCUGCUGAGUCUGUGCAUCUCGGAUUUCUUCAUGGGCAUAUAUUUGAUCAUCAUAGCUGCGACUGAUCUCCGCUUCCGGGGACUCUACAUCUGGCAUGAUUCGUCCUGGAGAAGAAGCACGCUGUGCCAGAUGGCUGGCUUCCUCUCCACACUGUCAUCUGAAGCUUCCGCCAUCUUCAUCUGCCUCGUCACCUUCGAUCGAUUCCUCAUCAUAAGGUUUCCAUUCCGAGAAAUAUAUUUGUCAACGCGAUCCUCGGCCAUCGCUACUGCCAUUGGUUGGCUAGUUGCCGUGGUCUUCUCCGUUGUCCCUCUUCUCCCCGGGGCGUCAACCUGGCAGCUGUAUGGCCAGAACGCUGCUUGUCUGGCCCUCCCGCUGACCAGUGAGCGGCUGCCAGGAUGGCAAUACUCGACCGCCAUUUUCAUCGGCUUCAACCUCUUGACGUUCCUUCUGAUCGCCGUGGGUCAGUAUCUCAUCUACCGAUACCUGAGGGAAGGCAGUGCUUUGAAGACAAAGCAAAGACGUAGUCAGGAGCUCUCUGUGGCCAGGAAUCUGUCGCUGGUUGUCAUCACGGACUUUUUGUGCUGGUUUCCAGUCUGCAUGAUGGGUCUCAUGGCUCUGAACGGCACCUCUAUCAGUGGAGAGGUGUACGCAUGGACCGCCGUGUUUGUACUUCCGGUCAACUCAGCUAUCAACCCGAUACUCUACACUCUGCCGUACAUUAGACACCUGGACACCACCAACUGUUGCCGGAGGAAGCAGUCACUGUCCCGUGCUUCAAACAGCAUGCAGGGUAGGUGCCACUACACACCUUGA